CGCAUACAAUUCUUCGACAGGCAGCCUGCCUUGCCUACCAUCCCAUUGCCAUGAGCGCCGCCGACCCUGCACUGCCGCAUCGCAUCCCAACGAAGUCCUCCUCCCGAGGAAGUGCGUCGUCGUCAUCUCGACGGAGCGGCCUCUUUGGCCGCAAGGAGGAGGACAUCCUGACCGACGACCAGCAUCUAAAGACGUUUGACAUGUCCGAGUCGGACGACGCGGGCAACAUCCAGUCGCUUCGGUCCGUGCUCUUGGACGGGUUUAACGUCACGUUCUCGUGGCCUGGCUUUUGGCUGUGGCUUUUCGGCACGUCGGUCACGAUUGCGACGUUCGUGACGGCGUACCUGGUCACCGACAUUGAAGGGCACGAGAUCAACCCCGGGCUCGUCAUGGGCUCGGCGCAAACGUUCUUCACGAGCUGCAUCGUGAUCGUGACGUUCCACGGCGUCCAUGCGUACCAGCGGCACCCGAACCCGCUCUUGUACUACCGAGCGAUCAUGGACCUGCUCCUCUCGAUCCGGUUUCUCUUUGACCCAUUGUGGAUCUACUGGGGCAUCUACCAAGUGGACAACGUCCUGUCAUGCCGAUAUCUGUCGGGCAUCACCGAGUUCCUCUUCUUGUCGGCCGACGCGUGGUUCUUUGUGCUCACGCUGGACUUGUACUUGUCACUGAACAAUCCGUUCACGAGCGUCAAGCGCAAUCGAACGCUAUACAAACGUGGCGUGUGCCUGUUUGCGCUCGUGCUGUCGGUGGUCACUGCGUCCAAGCAAGGGUUGUUUGGGUUUGCAGAGGGCAAAUUUUGCUGGACAUAUGCGAAACGAUACGCCGCCAACCGGGGCGACCACGGGGCGGCGGACAAUGGGUUUUUCUCGUUUAACGUGUCGACGUGGGUGGCGUUUUUUAGCUGGAUGGUGCUGUUUUACGCGUUUGCGUUCUUUGUGCUCGGCGCGAGCUUCUCCCGACUGCGCAUGGGACUUAGCAAAACCAUGGAGACCCGCAAAGGCAUGCUGAGGGACGGGGCACUGAGCAUCAUCAGCUACACUUUGUAUUGGACGGUGGCAUUCUCGUUGUAUGCUGCGUCGUACAAUUCCGACGCCACGCCCGCCGCCUUGCGCACGAACCCCAUGUUCAAGCUGUACUGCUACGUGCUAGCUGGCCGCGGUAUCGUCACGUACUUUGUGUGGUUUGUGAUCAACGCGCCGCAACUGGUGACGACCCAAUGGCUGCAUUUCGCUCAAGAUGGGCGGAUCGACAUGAACAUUUCGGCGCAACUGAACGCGUCUCUACAGAGCGACCUGCUCGAGUACACGGUCCGCGGCAUGCUGCGCGCCAUCCACGAGUCCGACGCCGUCCCGCGGCCGCGCAUGUCGGUGGAAUCGACCGAAUCCAGGAGCAGCCUCCGACUCACUGUCAUCGACUCGAUUCCCCCCCACAAGGCACACCUCGACAAGUCACAAAACCCCCUAAGUCCACGAGCAGCCCACAAACCAAAACAUGCCCGACGAUCCGUGCAUUUCGUCAACUACCGACCGAGCACGUUUGCGCAGCUGCGGGCGCAUUUCGAUUUGAAAGCCGACGACUUUGCCACGUCAUUCGAAGAAGCGACCAAGCCGAGCAUCAGCGAAGGCGCGAGCGGCGCGUUCAUGUUCUUUAGCAAGGACAUGCGGUUCAUCGUCAAGAGCAUGGUCGAAGGGGAGGCGCGGUUUCUGGCCAAAAUCGCCCCUCUCUACCGCGACCACAUGCUCGCGUACCCGCACACCAAGCUCACGCGGUUCUUCGGGUGCUUUAAGAUCACCCUUCACGGCAACAAGUUUUACUUUGUCGUGAUGGAAAACUUGUUUGCCAACGCCCCCGAGAUCCACCACCGGUACGACAUCAAGGGCAGCUGGGUGAAUCGGAGCUACGACAAUCCACGGGAUGGUGCCAAGGUCAAGUGCCGGUACUGCUCGAUGCAGUUUGUGUACCACUCGAACGUGGCCAAGCAGCAGACGUGCCCAAACUUAGCCGGCCCGCACGAGCCCAACGUGGUGCUCAAGGACGACGACUUGCACCACCGGUUGCGUCUCGGUGCUGAAGAAGGGCGGGCGUUACUCGAGCAACUGCAGCACGAUUCCGUGUUUCUGCGCGACCAAGGGAUCAUGGACUACUCGCUCUUGAUCGGCGUAGUGGACGUCCAGUACAAAGUGGACAAGUCGGAUGCUGGUACGUACUAACCUCCACCAACACGCAUUAGACGACAAUGUUUGAAACAAAUAGGCGUUCAAAACCCACACCUGUGCGACUCGAUUUCCGGACCCGGGCUGUACUACGUGGGCGUGAUUGACAUUCUGCAGACGUGGAACUGGCGCAAACGCAUGGAACGCUGGGCCAAGGUCUGGCUGCGGCGCAAGGACCCCCGCGGCCUCUCCGCCAUGGAGCCAUAUCCGUACCAAGUCCGCUUCACCGCCAAGCUGCGCGACCUAAUCGCCACCGACGAGUAUGCGGCCGCUUCGUCCUCCGCCGACACCAAACACCUACAGCCGCUGUUUGCGCACAACCGGUCGCUGGAAAUGGUCCGCUCGUCGAGCCGCCCCCUGCCCCAGAUCGUCAAAACACGCUCGACGCCGCACCAGCAUCCCCGCGCGGCCCCGCCGACGGACGACCCGGCCGUUUGGCUCUAACGAACGCUCAUUAGUAGUUGACUUUCAAGUUGUCUGUUGCAUAAUCGCGGGUCCACUUUUGCAUGCAUGUAUCCAAUAGUAGUAGCAUUUGGCAUGUCAUUCAUAAACCACAUAGAACGGUAUACUAUUAAUCCUACUACUGUAGUACUACUUGUU